UCCGCUCCCUUGCAGGGCCGGCCCGGGAUCGGGGGCGCGGGGCUCCGGGGGCGCCGGUAGGGAGGAGAGGGGCGGGGCCUCACCUCCCCGCCCUGCCUGUUUCCCCUUCCCGAGGCGUGGAAUGGAAAUCCAACGCCGGGUCCUGAGAGACUAAACCGAGCCGGAGGAAGCGCCCCAUGCGUUACUGGAAGGCGUUUCUAGUGAUCCCCGCCAGAACGGGAAGCCGGGUCCACUGGCAAGGCAGGGCUGGUCUCGCCGCAGGGAAGCAGAGACUGGCUGGGCUGGGAGCUGCGUGGUCGCUGCAGGACUGUGUGGCCCCGUGUGAACAAAGCUGCUCUCAGGGACCCAUGUGCAUCAUCUUCUUUAAGUUUGAUCCUCGCCCUGUUUCUAAAAAUGCUUACAGGCUCAUCCUGGCGGCCAACAGGGAUGAAUUUUACCACAGACCAUCCAAGUUAGCAGACUUCUGGGGGAACAACAAUGAGGUCCUCAGUGGACUUGACAUGGAGGAAGGCAAGGAAGGAGGCACGUGGCUGGGCAUUAGCACACGGGGGAAGCUGGCCGCGCUCACCAACUACCUGCAACCACGGCAGGACCGGGAUGCCCGGGGCCGAGGUGAACUUGUGACCCACUUUCUGACUACAGACAUGGACAGCUUGUCCUACUUGAAGAAGGUCUCUGCGGAGGGCCACCUGUACAACGGCUUUAACCUCAUAGCAGCUGACCUGAGCACAGAGAAGGGUGAUGUCGUUUGCUACUAUGGAAACCGGGGGGAGCCUGAGCCUGUCGUCCUGGCACCAGCAGGCUCCCUAACCGCUGACGUAUCCAGCACGUACCCCUCUGGCCUCAGGUUGCUGAUUCUCCCACCCUUGACCUUCUCAGGUGGAUCCAUACCUUGCAGCUUUUUCCAGCUUAGAGAUGGCGGGACCUAUGGACUAAGCAAUGCACUGCUGGAGACACCCUGGAGGAAGCUGUGCUUUGGAAAGCAGCUCUUCCUGGACGCCGUGGAGCGGAGCCAGGAGCUGCCCAAGGAUGCCCUCAUCGCCCAGCUCCUGCAUGUGCUCAACAAUGAUGAGGCGCAGCUGCCAGAUCCAGCUAUUGAGGACCAGGGCAGGGAGUAUGUGCAGCCCUUUCUGAGCAAGUACGCAGCUGUGUGUGUGCGCUGCCCAGGCUAUGGCACCAGAACCAACACAGUCAUCCUUGUGGACGCGGACGGGCAUGUGACCUUCACAGAACGUAGCAUGCUGGACAAGGACCCCUCCUGCUGGGAGACCAGCACCCACGAGUUCAAGCUGCAGAGCUAACCCUUCCCCCUGGAUGUGGCCACUGGGCUCCAGGAAGACCCUGCCUCAAGGGCUAGUAUGGAUAGGAACUAUCACAUGUACUGCCUGUGACUUGGCCAGCAUCCCCCAGGACCAGGGUCCUCUGGUGUUUGUGUGACCUGUGUUGUCAUGUCCAGCUCAGGGUCCACCCUCAUGCCAGUGGGAGUGACAGAGUCACAUGGCCAGGUCUGAGGGGGGCUCAGGUGUGCUAUGCAUGUGUGAAGGCACCUGGGCCUACCCCCUGCCCAAGCACAGAGGCACAUACUCAAGGCACAUGUUUCCACACAUACCUGCAGGUGCAUGAUCACACACACACACACACGCACAUGCACAUAUGAGCAACAGAGAGGUACACACACAUACUCCCAGGCAUACCCACACAUGCGUGCCACACAGGCAGAGGUGUGCCUCUCACAUCCACAUGUGCUUCUGGCUAGUGGGUCUUUGCUUUGACCAAAACAACAGGAGUAGACUGUUGUUUAAGAGUGGCUCCUCUCCUGGGUGUAGUCCACUUCUGGACAACCAGACUUGCUCUUAGAGAGGAGAGGCCCCAUUUGGAAUGAGAAAUGAGAACAACUCCAGAAGAACCUGCUUUCAUAACAGAAGCACCGCCUGGUUGGUUGUCCUUUGUGCUCUGGGGGAUCUCCUAUGUGCAUGGGGUGGUCCUGUGGGGGAGGGGAGCGGUCUUGCAUGCACCAGGGGUCCUGUGUAUGCUGAAACACCUUGCCAGGCUCUCAGGCACCUACUUGCCUGCCCACUGGGGUCAUGGGUCCUGAGCAGGCCCAUCUCAGCGAUGGGACACAGCCAACCCUUUCUAUUUCCCUUCUCCUUGGGGAGUCGGACUUCAUAGGAAUCUGUCCUUGAACGUGAGACCUUGAUAAUAAAACUCUGAGGUGUGGUGA